AUGAAUGACCCAACCUGCAAGGGAACCGUGGAUGUGAGUGUGACACCGCCUGUCUUGAGGUUCAAACUGUCCCUCAACAAUACCAAUUCUUGUGGCAGCAUCGUCAGAACAUUCAGCGCUCCGGGUACAGGGGUGUUCUCUGACUUCUCCAAUAUCCAGACUGUCAACAUCAGCGGUAUUGUCCGAUCAUCUGACCCCACCAUAGGGACAGUAACCUACAACGCUGACCUGAAGUAUUUCUAUUCCUGCGCCUAUCCUUUAGAAUACCUGAUCAACAACACCCAGAUCUCUGUGUCGGCGGCCUCCAUUGCAGUCAAAGACAACAAUGGUAGUUUCAUCAGCACUUUGAGCCUUGCACUCUACGGUGAUGUCAACUACACUUCACCCUUGGCAAUUCCGGCAAAGGGUCUUGAUCUGAGGACCCCAAUUUAUACGCAAGUCCAGGCUACCAACCUGACCUCCCAGUACUAUGUGUUGUUGGACAGAUGCUACGCCUCAGUUUCUGCUUUACCUGCUAACUCCACUUACUUCAACCUGUUUGUGCCUUGCAACGUUAAUCCAAUGACCACUAUACUUGAAAAUGGACAGAGUCAACAUGCCCGCUUCUACUUCCCGGCCUUUCGCUUCAUGGAGCAACAGAAUCAGCUGAUAUCGACCUACUACAUCCACUGCAUUGUUCGUCUCUGUGAGGUGAGCACGUGCAGUGCAUUCAAGCAAUGUAGCAGAAGAAGAAGAAGUGUUGAUCCUUCUAUCCAAGCUGGAGCGACAGACUACCAAACCAUCUCCUCCCCUCCCAUUACCACCAAAACGGAGAGUCUUGUAGCAUCGAAAGAACUCGCUGACAGCAACAGCUCUAACUCCACCUCAGGUCUUGGGGUGGCUGUGGGCGUCCUGGGUAUCUUUGCUUCUUUUUUCUCUCAAAUGAUUAACAAAUGA